AUGGCUUCCACCGUCAACGUCGAGAACAUUUCCACCAAGACGACCGAAGAGGAGAUCAAGGUCUUCUUCAGCUUCUGCGGAAAGAUCCAGUCGCUCAGUGUAAAGCCCGCGGGCGACGACACCCACUCGGCCUCGAUUACCUUUGAAAAGGAAGCGGCCGCAAAGACGGCUCUCCUCCUCGACAACACGCACCUCGGCCCCAACGCCAUCCGCGUCACUGCGGCUAAGAGCCUAGACGAGCUGGCUGGCGACAAGGCAGCCUCGGCCGAAGAGGCCAAGGACGGCGAGCACCACAUUGAGCAGGAGCAGAAGCCCCGCGCACGCAUCGUUGCCGAGUACCUCGCCCACGGCUACGCCAUCUCAGACAAGGCCAUUGAGCGCGCGCUGGCCGCCGACAAGCAGAACGGCUACAGCACAAAGUUCAAGACGUUUAUCGACACUUUCGACAAGAAGACGCAGGCUACCCAGAGGGCCCAGGUCGUGGACCAGAAGCUCGGCGUCACCAACAAGGGCUACGCUGCCUUCAACACGCUGACCAGCUACUUUGACAAGGCCGCCUCAACGCCUACCGGCCAGAAGCUCCGCGCUUUCUACGAGCAGGGCAACAAGACAGUCAUGGAUGUCCACAACGAGGCAAGGCAUUUGGCCAACCUUAAGAAGCAAAAGGCAGCUGGUCAGGAGGGUGCUGCCGCUGGCGCCGUCACCACUACCACGGCCGAGGGCAGCGAGAAGCCCAGCCAGCCUCUGAGCGAGAAGCCUGGAGAGCCUGCUACUGCUCCCGCCCCUACUUCCUAG